GAUGAUGAUGUCAGUGUAUAUAAGGAAAGAGUAUCACCGUGCGUUAUCAGUUUGAAUUUGUGCGAGACGCGUUACACAUCUCAGUGCAAAGUCCAUAUUUAUCCGUCACCUUCUUCCAAGGAUUUAAAAAAGAAAUUCUGUCAGAAUGCGUGAGUGUAUAUCUAUUCAUGUUGGACAAGCUGGUGUCCAGAUUGGAAAUGCCUGCUGGGAGCUGUACUGCUUGGAGCACGGCAUUCAGCCAGAUGGGCAGAUGCCAAGUGACAAGACAAUUGGAGGGGGAGAUGAUUCAUUCAACACCUUUUUCAGUGAAACUGGUGCUGGCAAGCAUGUACCAAGGGCUGUAUUUGUAGACCUGGAGCCCACAGUUGUUGAUGAGGUGCGCACAGGGACGUACCGCCAACUUUUCCAUCCAGAACAGCUGAUAACUGGAAAAGAGGAUGCUGCCAACAACUAUGCAAGAGGUCACUACACCAUUGGAAAGGAAAUUGUGGACUUGGUUUUGGAUCGCAUCAGAAAAUUGGCUGACCAAUGCACUGGUCUUCAAGGGUUCCUGAUUUUUCACAGCUUUGGAGGAGGAACUGGUUCUGGAUUUGCCUCCCUUCUGAUGGAGAGACUGUCUGUUGAUUAUGGAAAGAAAUCCAAGCUUGAAUUUGCCAUUUACCCUGCUCCUCAGGUAUCUACAGCAGUAGUUGAGCCCUACAAUUCCAUCCUUACCACACACACUACUCUGGAGCAUUCCGACUGUGCCUUCAUGGUUGACAAUGAGGCUAUCUAUGAUAUUUGCCGAAGGAACCUGGACAUUGAGAGGCCAACUUACACCAACUUGAACCGCCUGAUUGGUCAGAUUGUUAGUUCAAUCACAGCCUCCCUUCGAUUUGAUGGAGCCUUGAAUGUGGACCUGACAGAGUUCCAGACAAAUCUUGUACCUUACCCACGUAUCCACUUUCCAUUGGUGACCUACGCUCCUGUCAUCUCUGCAGAGAAGGCCUACCAUGAACAGCUGUCAGUAGCGGAAAUUACCAAUGCGUGCUUUGAACCAGCAAAUCAAAUGGUGAAAUGUGAUCCCAGACAUGGCAAGUACAUGGCUUGUUGCAUGCUGUACAGAGGGGAUGUUGUACCUAAGGAUGUCAAUGCUGCCAUUGCCACCAUCAAGACAAAGAGAACCAUUCAGUUUGUGGAUUGGUGUCCUACUGGUUUCAAAGUUGGCAUCAACUACCAGCCACCAACUGUUGUUCCUGGAGGUGACCUUGCCAAGGUACAGAGAGCUGUCUGCAUGUUGAGUAACACCACUGCCAUUGCUGAGGCCUGGGCUCGUCUGGAUCACAAGUUUGACCUGAUGUAUGCCAAGCGUGCCUUUGUUCACUGGUAUGUGGGAGAGGGAAUGGAAGAAGGUGAAUUCUCUGAGGCCCGUGAAGAUCUGGCUGCCUUGGAGAAGGAUUAUGAAGAAGUGGGUGUGGAUUCUGUUGAGGGAGAGGCUGAAGAGGAAGGUGGUGAUGAGUACUAAAGACUUGGUUGUUAAUUUGGAUCUUCAAAGACGUUUAUAAUUUUGUAUGUUAAUCAGUUUUACAAAAUAUUUUGGCAACUUUGAUUCCUCAACUGUUCACUGUUAAAGAGAGAAAAUAAAUUCUGAUAUAACUGUA